AUGAGUGCCGCAUGCCCGAAUACACUUAAAAAAGACCCAGAAAAAAAAUUAUCUUCAAAUGGCCAUGGCUCAUCAUUUAUUUUGAAAAAAACUUCAAAAAUUUUUUUUUUCCAAAAAUCUACAAUAAAUUCAAAUUUUUUUCCAGACGGAGAUCAAAAACUAUUCGAAGUACUAGCCGCCCACGAAGGAUUAUCUGAUGAUGGUGGAGAUGGUGAGGACACGAAAAUCAUCGACGUCUACCGAAACUCUUCUCUCCGUGAAUGUCGUCGUGUCGCUGUGAUCCUUGAGAAGCUUUCGAUUCGAACAAAAGAAGUACUGGAACGAUGGCCAGAAGUUGUUGCGUUGAAAACUAUUAUCGAGACGAUUGACGAGUUUUUCACUGUUUCUGUCUCAACUCCACAUAUUAAAGUGGCCACUCAAAUUGAGAAUCUCAUCGAAGUAUGUGAGCAAUGGGAAAUGAUGGCAGAUCGUGCAAAUUCGCUUCGAGACCCUCUUGGAGAACUACGAAAGUUGCUGGUUGAUUGGAAAAAGAUGGAAGUUAGAUGCUGGUCGAGUCUCCUGAUUAAUUCUUCUACGCCUGAAAUGGAGGCAGCUAUCAUUCCGAUGAGUAUUGAGUGGAUGCAUAACGCGACGCUGGUAGACUUUUCGACUCGAGUGCUCACUGUUGAAUCUCUGUCCCGAUGGGCUCGAAUUGCUGGAAAAAAGCCACUGGCUAUACAGCUCGAGGCUGCUUCUCGCCACUUUGGAAUCUUUGCUGAACGAGUUGAGCAGAAGCUUAAGGAGGCCCGUGAGCCGGCGGAGAAAAGCUUGAAGGAUUAUUUGAAAGUUGUCAAGUAUAAUGAUUUGAAUCUUUGGAAUAUUCGAGUCUCUUCGACGAAAGCGCAUGCUCAAUUGUACAAGAUUGUUCGGAGAUUUAAGGAUGCAAUUAAUGUAGAGUUGCACGACGAUUUUGGAGUUGAUGAGUGGAAACGGAAGGUUCUCCAGCAAAGAAAUCUGAGAGAAUUGCACUUAGAUGGAGAAGAUCUAGAAAAGAGGAUGAAGCAAGUUAAGAGGUUCUCCACUGAGAUUACCGAGAAAGUAUCAAUUCUGUGCGAUACGUCAGCCAUCGAAGAGCUCUUUGAGCAAACGAAGGCAGCCGAUGAAGCCAUCCGAACGAUGAUCAACUAUAUCGGAGAAGAUUCGGAAAAGGAGAAGCAACAGGGAUACGCCAGGAAUUCACGACAACGACAACUAGCAAUGAUGAUUAAAGAGUCACAGGCGAAUGGUUUGAAUGCCCGGAAAGCUGUACUUUUAGCUCAGGAGGAUAUCAAUCGGAGAUCAAUUGUGGGUAUCGUGUCGAAAGAAGAAUGUGAGAAGGAAAUGAGAAUUUGUGCUUCUGGAAGAAAUAUUGUGAUUCAAAAAGCGAAUAAGAUUGAUCAACAAGUCGGUGUAUCGACGAGAAAGCAUUUGAGUGGAAUGAUUGAGUACGGAAUGGUUUACAUGAUCACUCUCCAAGAAAACAUUAGAAAAUGGAAGUCACAAGUCGCAGAGAUCCGUGUGCAUUCUGAAGAGCUCCGAAUUAUCAGUGAGAAUCAGAGAAGCGACUGGAUUAUUGAUCAUGAAAUUGUGAAAGGACGAGUUGAAAAGAUCGGAGGCCUGAUUUCCACUGUUCAAGUGCUCAUCGGAGCCAUCAAGAGACGACUCGUCGCGAUUCCAGCGAAUGCAGAUGAAUUCAUCCGAACCAAAGAGCACCUACACCCACUCUCGAAGCUCUCGCAAACCGACGAGACUGCUCAGAAGCUUACAAAAUGGGCUGAAAAGCUGUCGACACUGAUUGGAAAUAUGAAACGAAGCAAUGAUCAGCUCUCCACGACGUUCAGCGUUGUAGACUACAAUUCCUACACCACAUGGAUCUCUCAGAUCAAUGGAGAUUCUCAAGAGCUUCUUACGGAUCUUCAACUGUUCUCUGGAUUCUUUGAAACUGAGAAAAUUCAAAUUGUGAAGCUUCUCGACGAAGUUCCGAGAUGGACGAAGAAGAUUGAUACUUUUGAAGCUACUGAAGAGACGGAAACCGAUGUUACAGAACUGCUCCUGCUUGUUCAAAGGAUCUAUAAGAAGCUGGAAGGAGUUAAGAAGGGUGAAGAGGACAAGGCUCUUGAUCAGAUUCAGGUUCUUGUGGAUGUUCUGAAGCAGUGUGAUAUUCAAGCAGUUGUGAAAAGUCUGAAAUCGAUUGUCGAGCAGCAUUGCAGCGGAGAAAAGCGUCGGAAGAACUUGGAAGGACUCGCCGAGCUCGCCGGAAUCACUGCGGAUAUUGUAGAGCAGAGUGUGAUUCAACUUACCAAUUGUUUGGGAUUCUUCUCCGUGUUCUACCAUGCGAUGCUCUCGAUGACUAUGCAACUCUAUGAGAAAGGAUAUGUGAACACGAUUCCUAAAGCGGAGAAGCAAGAAUCUGGAGAAGGACAAACUGAUGAUAGUGGAGAAGGAGGUGGAAUUGGAGAAGGUGGAACUGCCAAGGAUACUAAGGAUGUCACUGAAGAGAUGGAGGAGACUGGACAGAUUGAAGGUCUUGAGGAUGAGCAACCGGUGGAAUCUGAGGAGCAUGAGGCUAAGAAUGAUAACGAGAAGCCGAUUGAUAUGGAGGAUGACUUUGCUGAAGAUCUGCAGGAUAUCGAUAAGAACGAGAAGGGGGAGCAGAAUGAUGGUGAGGACGAGUCUGAUGAAGAGCCAGAUGUUGAAGAUCAAAUGGGAGACGUUGAGGAGGAGGAUGAGAAGCAGCUGGAUCCGAAGAUGUGGGAUGAGGAGGAAAAAGAGGAGCAGGAUCAGCAGAAGAAUAUGGAUCAGGAGCAGGAAGCGGCGGAAGAUCAGACUGAUGAGAUGGUUGCCAAGGAGGAUGAUGCUCAGGCUCCCAAGGAAGAUCCGAAGGAAGAUGGAAAGGAGGGUGAUCAGGAGGAAGAGGAUGAUGAUCAGGAAAAUGUGGAUGAACGGAAUCGUGAGAAUGAUGAGCGGCCUGAGGAUCAGAUGGAUACCUCCGACCCUUCGAAGGACGAUGAGAUCCUUGAGAAAGGAGAAAUCGAUGAGGCAGAGGAUGGGGAUGAUGGUGAUGAGACGGAUAAGGAGGAUGAGGAGGCUAUUGGAGGAGAUGGAGAAGAAGAUCAGAAUGAAGAUCAGAACGAUCAGGAGCUCGAAGAUCCCACCCAGACGAAUGAGGAGAAUGAGGAUAGUGAAGAGCAAAAGAAGGAGGAUGAAGCUCUGGAACAAGGUACGGGUGGUUAGAAGAAUGAUCAGGAUGAUAAUAAGGAUGUCGCUGAUGGUGGCCUGGCUGAGGAGGAGGAGAAGGAAGAUCAGGAGGAUCAGGAUGAGAAGGGAGAAGGAAAGAGCAAGUCGGAUCCGAAUGGAGAUGGCAGUAAGGGAGAAGCCCCGAAAGAGAAGGCUGAAAAGGAGGAAGAGGAUGAGGAAAAGGAGAAGGAUGACGAAGAGAAAGUGGAGAGGAAACGAGAGCUCGCAACAGAUGAUGCUCCGAUGGAAGAGGCUGAAAUGGGAGAUGGAGAGGAGAAUGAGACGGGACAGCAGAUGGAGAAUGCAGAGAUUUCCGAUCGACAGAUGGUUGGAAAGGGAACGAUUGAAGAGGCUCGGCAGACGAAGCGGGAGGAGAAGCGAGAGGAGGAGAAGAGGAAGCGAAGAGAGCUCAAGGAUGCUCUGGAAGGAACUGCUGGAGAAGAUGAUGGUGGAGAGGUGGAGGAUGAGAAUGCUGAGGAGAUCAAGGAGGCGCAUAUUCAUAUGGCUGCGCAUGAUAUGUUCCAUGUGAUCGAGGAAACCACAAAAGACUUGGUGACAGGAAUGAUCGAUGAGCCAGAAGAUCAAGAUCCACGUAGCUCCCAGCAAGGACCCAGUGACCGUCCAACCAACUCGAAAGCCGACGAACAAUGGGCUGCAAUGUCCCGAACUGUUGGAAUGCUCGCCGCUGAGUAA